AUGCCGCUCGACAUCCACAAGAGCCCCAAUUUCAAAGGAUACACGGCACUGCUAGGAGAGAACACGAACCCAGAAAAUCGCGGAGAUCUUCACGAGGGCUUCGACCUUGGCUGGGAGGACAUUGACUGCUCUGACGGAAGCAGUAGCCGUCGAGAGGAUGGUGCUAUGUCAGGCUCGAAUAUCUGGCCAGAAGGACUACCUGGGUUCAGACAGGCGUGUCUGGAUUACUAUCACGCGGCCGUGCAUCUUGGGAAGCUUCUUUUUCCGCUAUUCGCCCUUGCUCUCAAUUUACCAGAAGAUUUCUUUGAGGAUAAGACGACGAAGCCUGCAGCAAUCAUGCGAUUGCUUUACUACCCGCCUCAGAUUGACACCACAGACGAACGCGUGGAAGGUAUUGGGGCACAUACGGACUACGAGUGCUUCACAAUCCUAUGGCAAGAUGACGUACAAGCCCUGCAGGUUUUGAACAAUGAGGGAAAAUGGGUCGAUGCUGUCCCAAUUCCGGGCACGCUUGUCGUAAAUUUGGGUGACCAAUUUGCACGAUGGACGAAUGAUGUGUUCAAAUCAACAGUACAUAGGGCAAUCAACCGGUCUGGGGUAGAGCGGUAUUCCAUUCCACUGUUCUUCGGGACAGAUUAUAAUGUCAAGCUUGAGGCGUUGCCAGGCUGCGUAUCGGAUAGCAACCCCGCGAAGUACGAAGUAGUGACAGCCGGGGACUAUGUUAAGUCACGCUUGGAAGCAACCUACAAUUACACGAAGUAA